UAACAGUCGUAACUCGUAACACAAGUCAUAAUCGUUUUAAAUGCAACGUAAAGUACUCACGCGUGUUAACUAUUUUUUAGUAAAACUUUUUACAUUUUCAGUUUUCACUGUUGUUUUUUACUUUUAGUUGGUUACACAGUAAGUUGUAUCAAUUAACCAUGCCAUCGAAGAGUUGUGCUAUAAUUGGUUGUGACACUAAAUACAACGAUAAAACUACUCUUCGUCAUCGGUUCCCCAAAGAUCAAGCUAUAUUCGAUAUUUGGGUGAAAAGGUCUGGAAAUAAUAAAUUAUUGAAUAAACCAUUGGACUUAGUUUACAAAUCAUCUGUUAUAUGCGAUAAACAUUUUGAACAGAAUUGUAGAAGCCCUGGAUUUAAGAAACUUGUUCAUAACUCAGUGCCAACAUUGAAUUUACCAGGUAUGACUGAAGAAAUUGCAAGCACAAAAAAUUCUUCAAUUAUUCAAAUAGCAGAUGAGCUUUAAGAUACCUUUUCCAUGAACAUACGCAUUAAUAAUAAUAAUAAUAUUUUAUUAUGCACUGACACAAGCUAUAAUGAAGGUAUGACUGAAAAAAUUGCAAGUACAAAAAAUUCUUCAAAUAUUCAAAUAGUAGAUGAGUGUAAAGAUACCUUUUUUAUGGAUAUAAACAUUAAUAAUAGUAAUAUUUUAUU